AUGGAAAGCAAGACUCAUGUUCAAGCAACAACUGUGUCUGUGGAAGAGGACCGCGCUGCGUCGGAAGAAGCUGUCGUGCUACCAGAACGAAGGCUGAAGCAAGCAAUUUGGGCCAUUGUUGGUGGCGUUGCCUUACCAUGCAUCCCCAUCAUUGUGAUCACAGCUGUGCUACUAUACUUCAUCUUCCACUUCCGUGUGGAUCUGACAAAAGGCUUACCGGAGUUUGCACCCACGGUCAACGAAACUCAUCGAGAUGUCAAUUCCUGGAUAGAUUACAUCCGUCAUCAGGGAGGUGCUCCAGCAUACUUUGUUGACUACAAUCCAUCCACCCUCACUACCAUCGCAUCGUGGACAAGCCGAGUCAUCCCAUACCUCUCCAGCUCCAUCAUGGCUUUGGUAGCUUUCUUCUCCGCCCGACAUAUUGUAUUAAAGUCCAAGCAUGGAGACGAGCACGGCUCGCACCUACCUACUCCCGAGCAACUGAGUCUGCUGAUCAACAUGCUGAACGGCAACGGUUUCAGUCCCCUCAAAGACACCAUCCUACACAGGUAUCGUAAGCGGGAAAAGCUAAUAUCACCCUUGCCUGCUGCUUUCACCGCCUUGUUCUUCAUCACCAUGCUUGGCCUCGCAAUCCCUAUCGUCGAUUCCUGGUUCGGUAUCGCCACUAAACCCUUCACUAUCCAGCAGUUGACGCCGAACAACGCAAACAUCAGCAGCUUCGGGAGAGCGUUUAAUUACACGAGAUUCCCCAGCGGGCCCCGCGAUAACGGCACUGUCAACUCUAACAAUCCAUUCAAUGAAUGGUGGCCGGUCACGUUGUUUCCUGCCAAUGGGCACGGAUCAUGGUUCCUCGAUCUAUAUGACACCCUCAGCGUAGCAUAUGGCAUCUCCAAGGAGCACAAGAUCCAUAACUACACCGACCCUUCCGGCAUCGAAUACCUUUACAUCGGCGAUACGGAGCAGGGCCCAGCCAUCGACUUUCAAGCCAAAACGUUCGGCGUAUCGGCACAGUGCAUUCCAAUGACACAGCUCUGCUACUCCAAUUUUGCAGGCAACGGCGGCUACCUCUUCAACUGCACCCCUGCCUUCGGCGGAAAUCUGUGGCAGAACUUCCUCAACUCAUCGGCAACACUAGACGAUGCAUACGGUCUCCCUGGGGGCGGGCCCAACGUCGGCGUCGCUUUCGCCGAGAAUCCCGAGCUCACUGUCGCCGGCGGCCAGACCUAUGUCGCUCCUAACGGCUGGCUACCCGAGGAAGGCAUGACGCUCGGCAACAACGUCACGAAAAUCUACCCGACAAACCCCCUCUACUACGGCGCAUGGGGCGUCGAGUACCCAGCCUCCAACUUCGGCAGCGACGACAACCUCUUCGUCGGCGACACCGGCCUGUUCUGGACCACGCAGCUUGGUGGCGGCGCCACCUGGGUCUUCAACUGCUCGACCACCGUCUGGGACAUCCACUACACCUGGGUCAACGGCUCGGUGCACACGUUCAACAAAACCCUGGCUUCCACAGACAUGGCAGGCCUCUUCAGCGCCCCGCCGGCCUUCGCCGCGUACAAUCCCGUCAUCCAGAACGCUAUCGCCGAGGCGGCCUCGGUUGCCGCCUACUCCGGCAACAACUCCCGCAUCAUCGCCACUCGCUUUGCGCGCGAGUUCUCCCGCACGAUGCUCGCGCUCGCGACGGCCGUCAUGGCGCCCGAGACGAACGAGCUCGAACAGAUCCGCGAGCCGCUGAAGAUCGUCGCGCGCAUCCCGCUCGCGCCGCUGUAUCUCCUGUUGGCCACCAAGGCGCUGUAUGUCUUUGGCGUCGUCAUCCUCGCCAUUGGCGCGUACUGCUUCACGCACCCGGCCGAGACGGAGGUGGUCAAGGCUCAACUGUCCGUCAAGGGACUCACCGCGGCGCACUUCAAUCAGCCUGGCAUGGUGCAGCAGAACGUGGUUAGGCAGUUGCAGGACAGGAUUGACGCCGCCCAAGGCAAGGGUUCCAGCGGCGGUAAUGGUACAUCGUCGGCCGCAGAGAAAGAGCCGGCGACGACGACGUUGAGGCAUGCCGCGACGGAACCGGUGCAGGGGUCGCCCAGGCCGACGGAUAAUGCGAGGGUGGGACUGAUGCCGACGGCGGAGGGGGGAUGGGAGUUCGUCGUGCUGGCGAAUGGCGUGUGGAAUAGUAUCAAGCCCAUUGUGAAGACUUUUGUGCUGCAGGAGGCCGCGCAGGGGGAGUUGGGCGGUGUGGGCAAGGCGAUUAAUGCGUGGCACUAG